AUGAAGAACGGGACGGAAGUCGCCGCGUCGUGCGCCGUCGUUGCGGAGUCCUCCAGGGUGGAGGCGGCGGCUCUGUUGCUAUCUGCAACCAAGUCGAGUCGGACAGGGAAAAAGAAGAUCCCAGAGUCUUCACAAUGCUCGUCGACUCGAACUGCGCCGACCAGGGCGAGCGAGACGAGCAAGAGCCGAAGCUACAGCGAACGUUACGGCGGAAAUCGCGUCUCGCAGGUCUCAUCACCCAAAGUGGCCGCGGCAGAAGACAAAAAAAAAGAGAGAUCUGCACGGCUCAGCUCGUCUACGCGCACGGCGAGCUCGCCGUUGUCGCGAUCGCCGCAAUCCCGAAAGCCACGCAAGGAACAGGGGAGCGCUCCACCUCGCGUCGGGCCCUCGCGGGUGACGCCGCCGCCCCGUUCCAUAGCGGCGCCUCCCUGCGGGCCAGCCAUACCCAGUUCGAGCCUGAAUACCCGUGCCGGCCUGGAGCAAAAAGGCGGGCAAGGACCGGAAGGCAAGUCACCUGAAGCAGACGUGCGCGGAGCCGACGCCCCAGCGGAGCCUGGAAACAAAUCCACAAAUACCAGCCCGGCGCUUUCCUGCACGAAACCGAAUCAGACGGAGGACAAGAGUCGGUCGACACGGCAUUCCGUUGGCGCCGUCAAAGGUACUCCAAAGGCGAAGGAAGGCCGAGACAAACGCAGCGGAGAGCCCCCGGAACUGGAGUGCGCGUUUUCAGCCUCCGAGUCCGUUGACAGGGAAGUCGCCCUCGAGGCGGGCGAGGCAGCGGAGUCGCAGGACGCCUGCGAGUCGGAAGAGAAGCGAGAGGACGGCGCGGCCGCGGCUUGCGAAGAGAAGAAGGCGAGUGAAGUGCCGGGCGCGGCUGUCGAGAGGAAAGGUACGCGGGGUGCGUCAGCGAGAGGGACGCGUCGCCCCGACAGCGCUCCCUCCCCGGGUUCGAGCCGCUCAGCAACGCCACAGGCCGCCGCGGCUCUGAGGGGGCAGCUGAGACCGAGUGAGGCCGCGGCGCCAGGGAGGGAAAAGGACGAAGACGAGCAGGACGGGGAGAAGAAGAUCGAGGAGACCCAUGUCGACUCCGCCGACCUGCGGUCGAGAUCCAACAGCGCUUCAAGUGUGUCGAACAGCAAUAGCAGCAGUUCGGCUAGCACAGCCUGCUCAGUCUCGAAAGAGUUUGAUCUCAGGGGACUGAAGGCAAGGCCGCCGUGGUGGCAAGACCUCGUCAAGCGCCAGGUGGAAGGCGACGGCAACUGCAUGUUCCGGUCUUUCUCGGAUCAGCUGUACGGCACCCAGGACUACCAUUUCUACAUCCGACAGAUGGCCGUCGAAGUCAUGCGGAUCAAACAGCGCGAGUUCGAACCCUUUGUUGACGAAGCGGACGGUCCCAGUUUUGAAGCGUACCUGGCGAAAAUUGCAACAGCCGGAGAAUGGGCCGACGACCGAGAGCUGCGGGCUCUGUCCAUGCUCUACGACUUUUCCAUCGAAAUCUACGACGACAGCUUUCACGUGCGGAAAACCUUUUAUGAAGACGAGCGCGACGACCGGGAUGGGCAAAAGCCUACCGUUCGCCUUAUCUGGAGUGCUACGCCGGGGCACUACUCCUCAGUUCAGCGCCUCUCGACGCCCUUCCCCCUUUCGCAAGACAAUCCUGUCGGAACGCUGGAAUACCUAGGUCUCCGUCGUCUCCUUCAUUUGGAGCAGGCCAUCGACGACGAAAGUGCAGCUCUGGAUGCAGCUGAACAAACACGGCUUGCUGCGGAGUGGGGACUCGAGCCGGCGGAGCUCCAGGCGCUGGCUGAGCAGCAACGCCAGCUUUUUGCAGAAGCCGCAGCGGCGGGAAAGCAGAAGAACCGCCCACACAAGAAGGCCCAGGACAUUUGCAAUCGCAUCUGGGCACUGUUCGAGGCGUCCCGAGCGACUGCAACGGACCCAAAGCAAAGACCACAUCCACUUGGAGCAUCGCAAGACGCUCGCGGCCCAGGCGCGGAACCGAAGACGUCAGCAGGCGCCUCCAGAACUUGUCUGCUUCCUCCGUACACAGUGCCUGUUACGAAUGCGCGGCUGGUGCUGGGCGAGUUUCACGCCGGAUUCCAGCACCCCCCAAACGUCGGAGAGCUGAGAGUGGACGCGGAAAGGACAGGCGCUGCGCCAGGCGAGCGCUGGCGAGGUGGGCCAGCUUUCCAGCUGGGGUCAGGCAGACGAGUCGAAGAGACGCCAGGGGGUCCGUCCGCGCAGAACGGAAUCCCUUCGACGCGGGUCUCGAGCGCCGCUCCUCGAACUGCGCCCGUCGCUCUGUCAGCGACAGACUCUCCACAGGCGCCUACGGGGUCUGUGGCGCGUCGUCUCGGCAGCCCAGGAGGGCCGGGGAGGCUGGGCGUCUCGCAAUCGAUGGCCGACGGGGAGAGGACGGCGGCAGCGGGGGCGGCUCCGAACGCGAAGCCACGACACGCGGCCUCGUCUUUCUUUGUUCCCAUUUCUGGAAACGCGCCGCCUUACAUUGGCGCGUAUGGAGCCGUGGAGCAUGCCUCGCCAGGCACCGUGUGGGGGACGGGAAACCCGUUGUAUUGGCCGGCGACGCAGCAGACCUACACGCCGGAUCAGCAGCGGCUUCGGCACGAGUAUCUCUCGCAACAGAAGCUGAAGCAGCUGUGGCAAGAGAGCGGAACGAAAGCCGGCAGGCCUGGGUCUGGUGGCCAGGCAUCGGGGCUGCCGUUCGUGGGCAACUCCGCGUCCGGUUCAGAAACUUGCGUCUCCACCUCGUACCCGGUUCCCACCGCGUCUCAAGGGCUCCUGAUGGCCGGAACCGGCCUGGCUGCCUCGCUGUCGUCCCGUAAAAUGUCAUCCGCCUCGACGGCAGCCUCUGCGUCUCCUGGGCCCCCAGCGCAUCUACACCAGAAAUACCCGUUUCCGGACGACAAACUCGGAGGCGUGUUCGCGCUACCCACGCCUGCCACCGUGGAAACGACCGGCUCUCGGCCGUUCCCUGCGGGGUCUGCGACGGGGGGCAGUUCGGCUGCCGCGCGUCAGUCGACGCCGGCUUCGUUUGCCUCGUCAGCUCAGCCUGGCCGUGUCGCCGCCAGUUCUGCCUCGAGCGGCAGCGUCAGGCUCGCAGACGGCGCCGGGGGCAUGUCGCGACCCGACGCAGCGAGAUCAGAUGUCAGAUCGCACGAGGCGUCUCGCGUGGGAGGCGUUCUCGGCCGCACCAACGGGGUUGCGGGGGUGGUGACGCGCGUGCCUUCCGCUGGAAUCGCUGCGUCGUCUGCCGCCAAGUCGGCGGCUCGGCCCCCGUUUCCGGUUUCUUUGGAGAGUGAGAAGAAAGCAGACGCUCCUGUAUCCGCCACGGCGGAGGACCCAAGGAUGCGUCCUUAUGCCAAAUCGCCGUCCGCCGCCAAUGCGGCAGACUCUUCUUCACUCGAGGCCUGCAUGCUGACAUCGGCCGAAUUUGCACAAAUGUUCCACACAGCACCUACGGGGGAAGCAGGCAGCGAAGGAAACUCCAGGGACGCUGAAUCGUUCAGCGCGGCUUGGCGAAAAGCCUCCGGGCAGUUGCCGCCGGAAAGCGGGAGUUCGAGAAGCUCUGCUGUACCCGCGUUUGCGGGCGGAAAUCAGCCGAACGGUCGUGGACAGAACGAGUCGCCUUCCACUCAACAGGUGCUUGUGCCGCGUUUGAGCGCCGCAGGGGAGACAGCUGCCGGCCCCUGGAGACUGGCGAGCACUGGCGAUCCAGGAGUAAAACACUGUAUUCGGCGACCCGAUGGGGUGUACGUACAGGUAGACCCGAGCCAGGUGGUAGCCGGGUAUCCCGUAGUCACUGGCGCAGGUUUUUCGUCGCGUGUGGUGCUACCAGGCGCGAGCUCAAGUGGUGUCGCGUAUUCCAGGCAGACCCCUCACAGUGCGGCGGCCCGGCGAGUGGUAGGGUUUACGCGAAAGGGGACUCCCGGCACCGAGAGUGCAUCCGAGCGUAGUUCGGGAAUCACUCUGGUUGGUUCAGAUGGAAGUCCCACCGGCGUCGCGCCGACUGGAAGCUGGCUAGGAAACUGGCUCAGGCACACGGCGAGCAGCAGAUAG